UUAGCAGUGAAGGAAACUCAAUCAAAUUUAAAUCACAACGAGCCUUCCCUACUGUUAAUUUAAAACUCACCAUGUUCGGCUGCGCAAGUCAAACUCGAUGUUGCCCGAAAGAAAGAAAGCUAAGGGCAAGAAAGGCGGCGAUUGCACUCAAGGGUGUCAAGCGCCGCCUUUUAUUCUCCCAAAGGCUUUCUAAACUGCUGCCGAUGAACACACGGACGGUCAAAAUAAACGCAACCAUAACUCGGUUGAAGAGGGAGAUGAAAGAAAUUAGGGAGCAACAGAAUAGCAUCAGAGAAGGGCAAAGGCAAGUUAAAGAGAGAUUCGAUGACGUUUUAUCUGAAUGCGAAAAGUUACGCGACGAGACUCAGCUCAUUACGCAGCAGAGUAUUUGUACCGGCUUCCGCCUCGCCCUUAUGUUUCAAAUCCUUAAGGCACGACAGAACAAUGACUUCACCAAGGCCGCCCAAUUGACUACUUCUCUCCGGUUGGUCUCAGCCCCUCACCCUAAUAAACGUGAACUGAUAGCGCAGCAGAAGAACCAAAAUAGCGCAGCAGAAGAACCAAAGUUUGCAGCAAGGUGAUGGGGCAAAGGGCAAGUGACAAAUUGAUGGCAACGUUGUCGAAUAUCAGUAGUUCUAAGUUGUGUGUGCCUCUUUUAUGAGUUUUAUCUUAUGUGGCUUUGCAAGGUUAUGCUUCCUCUGUAAGGUGGAUUGACUGGAUCCUAGAAACCGAUGUAAAAAAAGUCAGCUUUAAUAAAUCUCUUAUUCAGUAGAGUUAUAGAGA